AUGAGAUACCUGUGUCUCGUUGCCCUUUUGGGGCUGUUCGCCUUGUCGGCCGCCGCAGACCACAAGAAGGACCUCGAAAAGUCGGUUGAACGUGAAGCCGAAAUAACCGCUGAACGGUCGGCAGAGAAAGCAGCGGAAGCAGCGGUAGAGGGUAGUUCUUUGCCGAGCUCCUCGCUCAAGGAGAAGAAGACCGAAAAACGGGGUCUUCUUGGUUUGGGUUACGGUGGCGGUAACAGCGAGGGCUGGCAAUCGUCCGGUAACAGCGGAUGGCAAUCACCCAUCAUCAGCAGUAGCUAUUCGAACCACGGAGGUUGGCAAUCCGGAGGUGGAAACGACGGCUGGCAUUCAUUGCAGGGGGGUAGUAGCGGAGGUUGGCAGUAUGGAAGUGGCUCCGGGGGUUGGCAAUCGGGAGAAAUCAACGGAGGAGUAUACGGAGGUUCGUCAGAAUUGGGUUCCAGCCACGGUUACGGGGGCGGUUGGUCCGCCGAAGGUCAAAAUUUGGGAUGGUCCAACGGCGGAUCGGGAGGAUGGGAUUCCGGAUCAUCGGGUCACGGACACGGACACACCACUCACUCGGUGAAGACGAUCACCGUCGAGAAGAAGAUCCCGGUUCCGGUUACCGUGGAACGCAAGGUUCCCGUAACCGUCUACAAGCACGUCCCUUACGAAGUAAAGGUCCCGGUACCGGCACCUUACACCGUGGAGAAGAAGGUGCCUUAUCCGGUAAAGGUAUUCGUGAACGUACCGGUCCACGUGCCACAGCCUUACCACGUCGAGAAGCACGUCCCAUACGAAGUUAAGGUUGACAGACCAGUUCCCUACAAAGUAGAGGUCGGAGUUCCCCAGCCCUACACCGUUGAAAAGAAGGUCCCAGUCGAAGUCAAGGUUCCGGUACCACAGCCGUACACCGUCGAAAAGAAGGUACCCUACGAGGUCAAGGUCCCCGUCCAUGUACCAACUCCGUACGAAGUUAUCAAGAAGGUCCCCGUCGAAGUCAAAGUGCCAGUCGACAGACCGUACCCAGUAGCUGUUCCAAAGCCGUACCACGUUCACGUAGAGAAACCUUAUCCCGUCGAGGUCGCUAAGCCGUACCCGGUACACAUCAAAGUACCAGUCGAUAAGCCAUACCCGGUGCACGUUGAGAGACCUUACCCGGUUCCAGUCAAGGUUUGGGUACCGCAACCGUACCCGGUUGAAAAACCUGUGCCGGUGGAGGUCGAGAAGCCGUACCCCGUGCACGUCAAAGUGCCAGUUGACAGGCCUUACAAAGUGGCGGUAGAAAAACCGUACCCUGUCACAGUUGAAAAGCCAUACCCGGUUCAUGUCAAGGUUCCAGUACCCGUCAAGGUCGAAUCACACGGAUGGCAGUCUGACUCGGGAUUAUCGAACGGAGGACACUAUGCGGGAUCUUCUAGCUACGAGUUGUCCUCUGGAUUAUCGCACGGAGGCAGCUACGGAUCUCACGGAGGCAGCUACGGAUCUCACGGAGGUGACGCCUCAGUUUUACUGAACGGAGGAUCUGGAUGGUCUCAAGGAAAUUCUGGAUGGUCCCAAGGAAAUUCUGGAUGGUCUUCGGAACAGCAGAGCGGCUGGUCUGGACAUUUACGUAUCUCUACGUGUAUUUUACUUUCAAACGUGAGGAACCGAGACACAAUACUGUCAGCGGGGAAAGCAGGCGCUGGUAUAAAGUCUGGUGCGUCUCGAGGGCGAGCAUCCAGUAAAGUCUGGACUUUGGACAUCGUGAGAACUGAAACUAUGCGACUAUCGGUAUUCAUACUACUGGGGCUACUCGCCCUGGUUACCUGCGAGAAGAACGAGGCGGAUAAAAAAUCUACUUUUGAGGAUAAUCGGGACUCCGACGCGCAGGCGACAUCCGCGGACAAGAAACAAGACAAACGCGGUAUAAUCGACACCGGGAGUCAUCACGGCUUCAACCUCGGUUCCGAAUUGGGUGGAACGCACGGAUUUGAACUGGGCGGAGGUCACGGCUCAUCUUUCGGCGGUGGUGAAAUUGGCGAAGGUCACGGCUUGGAUCUGAGCGGCAAUCACGGCGAGGGUCACGAGAUCAACUUCGGCGGUCACGGUGGCGGCGGAUCCGAAUCAUCCGGUGGUUACGGGGGUGAAGGAGGAGGCCACGGUUCGUCGUCUUCGGGAGACCAUGGAAAAAUCUCGCAAAUAACGAUCGUGAAGAACGUGAAGGUCCCCUACCCGGUGGAGAAGAAAAUACCGUACCCCGUCGAAAAGGAAAUUCCGUAUCCCGUAAAAGUCCCCGUACCCCAGCCCUAUCCCGUGGAAAAAAAGGUUCACUACCCCGUCAAGGUUUACGUGAAAGUCCCGGUCCACAUCCCGGCUCCAUAUCCCGUCGAAAAGAAGGUACACUACCCCGUUCACGUCCCGGUGGACCGACCAGUUCCGUACAAAGUCUACGUACCGCAACCGUACCCGGUAGAAAAGAAGGUUCACUACACGGUCAAGGUACCCGUUCCCGCACCGUUCCCGAUCGAAAAGCCCGUACCUUACGCCGUUAAGGUUCCGGUUCACGUGGCGGCGCCAUAUCCGGUUGAAAAACCGGUUCCAUACCCGGUAAAAGUACCCGUGGACAGACCCUAUCCCGUGCACGUACCCAAGCCGUACCCGGUUCCCGUUGAAAAGCACGUUCCAGUACCCGUUGAGAAGCCGGUUCCGUAUCCCGUGAAGGUUCACGUCGAUAGGCCAGUUCCGGUACCCGUAGAAAAGCCAGUACCGGUAAAAGUUAAAGUACAUGUUCCAGCGCCCUAUCCGGUCGAAAAAGCGGUGCCCUAUCCAGUGGAGAAACCCGUGCCCUAUACGGUCAAGGUUCCCGUAGAUCGGCCGAUCCCGGUUACCGUUACGAAACACGUACCCUAUCCAGUAAUUAAACACGUGCCAUAUCCGGUGAAGGAACACAUACCUGUGCCGGUGCACGAGACGAAGUCCAGCGGAGGAUUCGAACCGAGCUACGGAGGCGGAUCGUCUUUUGACGCCGGACAUUUCGGAGGCGGCGAAGGAGCUGCCGGCGACGAGGGAGCUUCGGCUGGCGAUUACGAGGGAAGUUUCGGGGGACAUCAUCAUCAAUGAUCAUGCGGCUAUCGAACGAUUGAUACGACUACGAUAUUCAUGUACCUUAUUAGGAUUUAAGUGCGAAUUAUUUGUUUUUUUUUUUUUUUCUAAGGAGAAGGAAGAAAUUGAUAAAUUUUGACUGUUAUUCUUAUCGACGUGUGUUUUACACGAAUAUUUUAGCGGUAGUUUAAAUUUGAACUAUAACCAUACGGAACGCGAGCUACGACUGACCCAGGACUUUCUUUAUACAUGAAAACCGCACGCGGAGUUACCUGUCUGAGUAUAUCUAACUAUAUCGUUUUAUACUUUCUAAUAAAACCAAAGAAGAAAUCCUCUA